GAUUUGACCUGAUGGAUUCGUUCAGUGUGAGACAAAUUUUUGGAAUGAAAGAAAGAGGAAUUCAGAGCUCUUACGUGCGACUUGGAACCUUCCCCAUUGUUCAGAAAACUGAGGAUGUGUUCCCACAAGGUCUGCCUGAUGAAUAUGCCUUUGUAACUACCUUCAAAUUUCGAAAGGCUUCCAGGAGAGAAGACUGGUAUAUCUGGCAAAUUAUUGACAAGUACGGCAUACCACAGGUCUCGAUCCGACUGGAUGGAGAGAACAAGGCAGUGGAAUACAAUGCCAUAGGGCUCACCAAGGAUGCCGUGAGAGUGGUGUUUCGAAGCGCUCGAGUCAGUGAUCUUUUUGACCGCAGCUGGCACAAAAUCGCCCUCAGCAUUCAGUCAGAGACUGUCACCCUUUACAUAGACUGCAGACUGGUGCAGACACUGCCUAUAGAAGACAGAGAAAAUAUCGACAUUCAAGGAAAGACUGUGAUUGGCAAACGCUUGUAUGAUAGCAUCCCCAUUGACUUUGAUCUGCAGCGGAUGGUUAUUUACUGUGAUUCUCGACAUGCUGAGCUGGAAACCUGCUGUGACAUUCCCUCUGGACCAUGCCAGGUCACGGUCCUGACAGAAGCACCACCCCUCGAAGUGAAGCCCACUGUUGGCAGUGAACAAGUUGGCCACCUUAAGACUGUCAAUUGCUCCUGUCCAGCUGGAGAAAAGGGGGAGAGAGGCCAAGUUGGUCCUGAAGGCCCUAGAGGUCAAAAGGGAGAAAGUGGCAGCCAAGGACUUCCCGGGAUCCGAGGAGAGAAAGGAGAGUCAGGUUUUAUAAACAUAAUGUUAGACUACAUCCAGAAUGGAGAAUAA